AUGGGCCAUGUCGCCCAUCCAAGCUUUGUCCGUCAUGAAAAUGAGGCGGAAACCUGUCGGAAGGGGUAUCUACCUGUGGCAUGCUUUGUGAGCUGGGCAAUCUACGGUCAUCGCUACGACCCUCGGGAUCUCCCGGUUGACAACCUCACCUACGUUCUCUAUGCAUUCGCCAAUGUGCGACCGGAAGCGGGCGAAGUCUACCUUUCUGAUCCCUAUGCGGAUAUACGGAGACAUUACGCCACCGACCCGUGGUCUGAUACCGGCAACAACGUCGACGGUUGUAUCAAGCAGUUCUAUCUUUUGAAGCAACGGAAUCAUAACCUGGAGGUCCUGCUCUCUAUCGGAGGCUGGAAAUACUCCACGAACUACGCACAGUCAGCAAGCAGAAUAGUGGACGGAAACAAUUUGCGCAGACAGCUGUCAAGCUGCCCAAGACCUAGGGCUGGACGGCUUGGACAACGACUGGAAGGCAUAGCUAUUAUCCGGCUGCAAAAGCGUUAA